CCUGCUUUAGAGGAUAGCAUGGAUGAAGCUAUGUACUGUAUUAACUGAUGACAACCUACAGUACUGUACCACAACCUGGCAACCCAGAAGUCGGAAGUAACAGCUCAUAACUGAGCAUCAGGAAAUACUUCAUUACAUUGGUAUUAGGUCAUUUCUCAUGCAAAGACCAAGAGUAAAAAAAAAAAGUUUUUAAAACUUUUUUACAGGCAGCUGUGUAUUAAAUACAGACUUAUUGAAGAAAGGAUUCACUCCACCUGUGAAUGGAAAGACACGGUGCCAAACCCUCAGUCACACCCCCACCCGUCCGACCAGUGAAACCUGUCAGGUUCUAUGUCUCCAUCUAGAGGCAGGUGUUGAAUGUUACACAGUAAAGCCCAAAGCCAAACCUUUGAGUCAGGUUUUCCCUCUUCCACUCACUUUACCAACAGAUCCAUGACAGACAUCACCAGACAUCAGACCAAAAGCUGUUACAGAUUACAAACCAUCUGCUGGUCGAAGUAAACCUCGACAAGUUUAAACCUACAGAUGAAAAAGUCAUCUGUUUUGCCUGUAUACCAGGCAUGAGCUGCUGCUGCACCCACAGGCACAGAGAGCCACAAUGUACAACCUUAAAGAAGUGCUCUGGAACACGAUGGAAAACCUGAAAGGGGAGGAGUUCAAGAACUUCAAGUGGUUCCUCAAGCAACGGGACAUUGUAGGUUGUUCCUUAACCAUCCCAGAGUCCCGGCUGGAAACGGCAGACCGGCAGGACACCGUGGAUCUGAUGGUGCAAAAAUACGCCUGCCAUGAGGUUCUGAAGAUCACAAAGAAGAUUUUACAGAAGAUCAGCAGGAAUGAUCUGGUGGAAAGACUGAAAGAACUCAACAACCGAGACACUGCUCUUCUCAUCUGUGAAUAUGAGAACAAGAAGGCCACACUCACAAAGAGACAACUUCAGAUCACAACGAUGAUCCAGAAAAGACGGAUGAACAUCUGUGAGAUCAGAAGGUCAGCAGAGCUCAGCCAGAGGUUUGCAACCAGACAGACCCGAGACAGCGAGAAGGUCUUUACUGAGCUGCUUCAGUCGGUCAAGAGAAAUCUGUCGGACCUCGUCCAAGCUAUUGAAGAAAAGCAGAAAACAACCCAGAAACAGGCAGAAGCAGCCAUUGAAGAGCUGGAGAAGGACAUUUCAGAACUGACAAAAGCAAGUGUGGAGUUGGAGCAGCUCUCACACGUCCAAGACCAAGUAGAAUUCCUACAAGGCUACUCGUCCUUAAACGCUGCUCCACUCACUGAGACAGAGCUCAGCAUCGCGCCGCCGUCGUAUGGCCGGGCGGUGGGAAAGGCUGUGCAUCAGCUCAAGGAGGACUUUGCCAAGAAGACUCAGGUGUUGAUCGCUAAAGCCCAGCUGAGCAGGGUCCAGCAGUUUGCAGUGAAUGUGACUCUAGAUCCUGAUACAGCAAAUCCUUAUCUUGUCCUGACUGAUGAUGGAAAACAAGUUCACUGUGGUUAUAACCCACUAAAUCUCCCAGACAAACCACAAAGAUUUAAUUCUGCCAUCAAUGUCCUUGGAAAGCAAAGCAUCUCUUCAGGCAGGUUUUACUACGAGGUCCAUGUAGAGGGAAGUACGUCCUGGGAUUUAGGCGUCGUUAGAGAGUCAGUCAACAGAAAGGGAUCAGUCGAAGCAAAGCCUGACAACGGCUACUGGACCAUGUGUCUAAGGAACGGAGACAACUACAAAGCUCCUGCUGUGAAGCUCAGAGUCCAAACUCCACCAAAAAAGGUGGGAGUGUUCGUGGAUUAUGACAAAGGUUCGGUGUCUUUUUACGACGUAGACUCUGCAGACGUUCUCCACUCCUUCAGCGGCUGUUCCUUCCAAGGGAAACUCCAUCCAUUCUUCAGUCCUGGUCUUCAGCGUGGGAAAAACCCAACAGCUCUCAUCAUUUCCUCUGUUAACGUUGAUUAGAUGAGACCAAGAGUUGGCUAAAGGCUAAAGGCUAAAGGAAAUAAAUGGAAUGGACCGUGUUUAUGUUGGACAUUUAGCCUCCACGAAGCCAUGAUGAAACCUGGCUGCAGAUGCAUCAGUUUGAUUUAUCCAUCUUUGCCUUGGAGUCAUGUACAGCUUUACAGUCAGAGAGUGCCAGCCAGGCCUGAUGAAGGGGAGGAAGGUCAGCUGAUGGGGGGAGUAACAAGGGAGGUGCAGAACAUGCUCUUACUUCUUUGGGUCUCUCAGAACUUCCUUUCAGAGUCCGUACGGCUGGAUGUUGUUGAUGUGAUGGUAAUUCAGGUGCACAGCUCCUCCGUCCACAGCUAUCGGACACCCACAGCUCCCAGCUCACCCUCUGAUUCCUGAAACAGACACACAGUAGCAAACAUAGUUGUGUGUGAUAUUUAAAUUCUACCAGGGGCCACGUUUGGCUUAGAAGCCAAACAGAGAUGAUGAGGUGGACGUUUGUAAUAUAGCAACAUCUUUGUUAAGCUCUGUUUCUGCAGGUCUCCUCUUAGAAUUAAUUCUACAUUUAACUUUCUUAAAACCUAAAGGCACCUGAGGACCCUCUCUGAUGGGCAACCCAGGGUCCCUCAGCUUUCUGCUCCAGUUGACCACUUCCUGUCCAGUCACAGCUCUGAGGUACAUCAUCUUCCAGGAGCCUGCUGACUGAUUGCCAACCACCUCUGGCACCUCCUCAGCGCAUCUUCUCAUCUUCGGUUUCCAUGUGUGGCUGCCAAACUCUGAUAUGUACUGCAUGUAUGUGCUGAUGCAGAACAGUGAGGAUCAGAUUCUCACACAGCAGCCUGGAGGAGAAGAACCAAACCAUCACUGCCUCUAUUUCAUUUGACCUGUUAGCUGUCUGUUCAAAAUAACAAUGAAACGAUGUUCAGACCACAUCCUGUCCUUUUCAUAAGAGUCAGUGGGUGGUGUCAUUUUAGGCAGACUUUCUCAAAUGUUUUGCUCAGUUGCUCAGUGAAAUAACAUUAUGGUGUAUUCUGUUGUUUUUUGGAAACAAUACACUGAAUUAGUGAGUGGAUGCAUUACAACAAAAGUUUAAAUAUACUGUAUGUAAAAACUGAUUUUAAAUAUGAAGCCAAUAAAACAUUUUUAAACAUCA